AUGUCUGCGAUGGAUGUUGACGAAGCUCCUGUCCAGACAACAACUGCCACGGGAUCGAAACGAUUCGAGAUUAAAAAGUGGAACGCGGUUGCUCUUUGGGCAUGGGAUAUUGUGGUAGACAAUUGCGCCAUAUGUCGUAACCACAUCAUGGAUCUCUGUAUUUCUCCCAUUCCGUCAUUUUCCUCAUUGUGUAGGCAUCGAAUGCCAGGCAAAUCACGCAUCAGAGAACACAGAAGAAUGCACUGUUGCCUGGGGUCAUUGCAAUGUAACGUGCCUUGUUUUAUUUUCUGUCUUUUCCAGCAUGCCUUCCACUUCCAUUGUAUUUCACGUUGGCUGAAGACGCGUCAAGUUUGCCCUCUGGAUAACAGAGACUGGGAAUUUCAAAAGUUCGGAUUGUUUUUACUCUGCCUAAUCCUUUUUAUUUCUAGAUAUGGUCACUAA